AUUAAACCUAGAAUGACGUUGCACUGCUUUUUAAAUUUUCCAGAAAACAUUGGAAUGUGAUUUCUCUCUCUCUUUACCAAAGGACCUAUUUGAGAGCAUAUAUCUUGGCCCUUUGUGGCCCACGGUUAACUUACCUGCUACUCGCAUCGCUUAUCAACCAUGUUGAAGACUUGAUGCGUUCAAAGAUGUCAGUAAAAAAACGGGAAAAAAAUAACAUUACUUGUAAAUGUGUUGUAUUUGUUUAUCGUGCCGAACGACGUCUCUCAGGUGUUGUAAAAGCAAUGCAAGCUCCUGUCUGUUAAAAUGGUUUUUGACAGACCGUAACUACAUACAACUACUUUCUGCUAUCACGGAUAAAAUUAAAAAUGUUAUUUUGUUAAAACCUUUGCUGCAGUAACAUCUGACUUGUCACAGGCGAUUGUCUCUCAAACCUUGAGCAGUAGGAAACUGGGGGAACUAUUCUUUCUCUGUCCAAUUGCAGAUGCGUACAGGGAGAAAGGAGGUUAGUUUUUACAGAAGGAUGGUUACUUGAAUGCAGUGGUUUUGCUCAUGCCCAGAUACGUAGGCAGUGACUUAAUAGUCAUUUUUCAUUGUACGUCAAGUGGCCGUCGCUCCUGUAUAAGACUGGAUAUAUCGCCAAGCAAACGAACAUGCUGUCAUGUCUUCGCAUUAGAAUUUAACGCAGACGUGUAAGGAAGCGUAUUUUUGUCUGUCUGUCAAUGGACUGAUCUGUUUUGGUUGGGCUGCUGUUGAAAAACGUUUUUUUUUUUAAAGCUGCGGUGUGUUCACUUACUAUACUGCUUUAAACUGAAGAUGGACUGUAUCGAAUGAUGAUGAUGAUGAUGGACUCACGAUUGACGACAGAUGCAUUCUACCAAGGUGGCAGCAUUGACCAAGGCAGCAGAUACUGUGAUCAUCAUGUAGGCUGCUUCUUCCAUACAGAAGAAUAAUGUUGAAACUGAUGACUGUGGGUACCUUAUAGAUUGUUAAUAAUACAAUGAACACCACUGUUACACCAUCAGACCUGGUGGAUGUGCCAAGACAUCAGACCUUCAAUGGCACUCUGGGCACACAGAGCCCAUCAGGUUGGGCUGUGAUCCACGCUGCUACUUUGACCUUUUGCUCUCUCCUUCUCGUCUUCAUCUUCUGCCUGGGCUCCUAUGGCAAUCUUGUGGUGUUCCUGUCCUUUUUUGAUCCGGCAUUUCGCAAGUUUCGCACCAACUUUGACUUCAUGAUUCUCAACCUGUCCUUCUGUGACUUGUUCAUUUGCUGUGUGACUGCUCCCAUGUUUGCACUGGUGCUCUUUCUGGAUGCAGGCGGAGGGGACGGCGUGUCAAAGAGUUUCUGCUUUGCCUUUCACUUAACCAGCUCAGGCUUCAUCAUCAUGUCCCUGGAGACAGUAGCUGUCAUUGCUUUGCAUAGACUGCGCAUGGUUUUGGGGCAGCAGCCCAACCGCACUGCCUCCUUCCCCUGCACUUUGGCUCUCACUGCCCUGCUGUGGACAUCCAGCUUUACCAUGGCUGCUCUCCUUACCAUGCGAGCAUAUCCUCGUAGAGAUGGACCCUGCUUGCCCCACUUUGGCUUGGGAGGAGGACAAGCCAGGGUUGUGUUGUAUGUCUACCUGGCAGACUUUGCCUUUUGUGUAGCUAUGGUAUCUGUAUCCUAUCUGAUGAUUGCUCAAACACUGAAGAAGAAUGCACAAGUGAGGAAAUGUCCUAUCAUCACAGUAGAUGCCACAUGCCCUCCACCCCCACCACCUCUCAUUGCAGCAGGCUUCGAGAGUAUGCAGUGUGCUGUUCAAGGCCCUUCUCUGUACCGUAACCAGACUUACAACAAACUGCAGAAUGCGCAGACACACUCUUAUGCCAACAGGUCAAGCCUGCGUCUGGUUCCAGGUGCUGCCCAAGGAGCCACCUGCUGUCAGGUCGUGUCUACAGUUAACUUGGCCACAACUAAAGACUCUAAGGCAGUUGUUACCUGUGUAGUUAUAGUGCUCUCUGUGCUGCUUUGCUGCUUGCCGAUGGGAGUUUCACUGGCACAGGAUGUUUUGUCACCCGAAAGUAGCUUUGCACAUUAUCAGUUCGAACUGUGCAGCUUUGUGCUAAUUUUUCUCAAAUCGGGCAUCAAUCCUUUUGUGUACUCUCGCAACAGUGCAGGCCUCCGCCGCCGUGUGCUGUGCUGUAUUCAGUGGGUGGCACUGGGUUUUCUCUGUUGCAAGCAAAAGACUCGCCUGCAUGCAAUGGGGAAGGGCAGCCUGGAAGUCAAUCGCAAUAAGUCCUCCCAUCAUGAAACCAAUUCCGCCUAUGUCCUAUCACCUAAGCCACAGAGGAGGCUGGUAGACCAGGCUUGUGGGCCCAGUCACUCCAGAGAUUGCGCUGGUAGUCCAAGGGUCACAGGUGUGCGCAAACCUCGUCCCCCAAGUACCUCUACACCUAUCAAUACCCGCAUAGAGCCCUACUAUAGCAUUUAUAACAGCAGCCCCUCCGCAGGGCUCAGCUCCCCCACCAGUCUGCAGCCUGUCAACUCUCAGACAUUUGUCAUUGCCAAGUCCUAUGUAGCCAUGCACUACCACACUCACCAAGAUGCACUACAAGACUUUGAAAGCACCUCUGUGCACCAGAUUCCCAUUCCCUCAGUCUAAUCAAGCCUCCAAAUAGUAUGGCUUGAACAGUCUCACCCUGGUUUUAAAUCAAAUGUGAAUCAGAAGAGGAACAUAAACACAGGCCAUUUUCUGUAUAUGAAUCCAUAUUAAUCUCUUCUUUUUUUUUGCAGUGGAAGGACAUGUUCAGUUUUCUUAAAAGGAAAAUUUAACCAUGGACAGUACAAACAUGCAAAAGAUUUUAAAGGAGUAUGAGUAGGAGUAUGAGUAAAUGUCUGCUCCAAAAAGUUCUUUACCGUUACUGAAUUGGCUUACUUUUUUUCAACAGAUACUACAUUUUCACAGAAAUUUGCCCAUGUUGCACAUGCAUGUGCCAUUGUAACCCAACUGGUUUUUAUUGUAGCGAGAGACUGCAGUCGCUGGUUGAACUGUCUGAGCACUGAUACCAGCUGCUGUAGUGUCUGAGAUGGGCCGCCACGUGGCUCUCAGUGGCAUGUGGUCACAUGUGGUGAGACUUUUUUGCUUCUUAAGAAAAAUGGAUUUGUGAACAUUUGUUUUUUUAACACAAUAAAAGUUUGGCAAGUGCAGUGAAUCUGUGCUUUCACUUUUUAACUAGAACUAAAACAAAUGCGUAUUGUGGGCAAUUAAUUAUCACUGUUCUAUGGAAGAGGAUUGGUGCCACUGUACAAAAGUUGAGUUCUGACUUGUGAUCUCAAUAUUUUGCCCUAAUUCUUUUCCAUACUUUUAAAGUAAAAAUGUCCAAAUAUAUCUGGUUCCAGUUUUUAAAAUGUGAGCAUUUUGUUUCUUUGUUAUGGACGACGAUAAUGGCCACUGUAAUAAAACAAAAAAAAAAAGUAUUUAAGUUCUGACUUUAAAAAACUGUCAGAAGAAAUUUAGUACUCAAUUUUAUUUGUUUUCAUUUUGACAAAAUGGUUACUCAAGAAAAUGAACAUGAAAAUCGUUAACUGCAGUCAUAGUUUUAACCAGUGGUGGAAGUCCUCAGAUUAUUUACUUACAUAAAAUACCACAGUGUAAAAAUACUCCAAGUAAAAGUCUUGCAUUCAAAAUGUUACUUAAGUACAAAACUAUUAGCAGAAAAUAUACUUAAAAUACCAAAAACAAAAGUACUCAUGCAAAAUGGCAUAGUUUACAUGUAGCAUUACAACAUAUUUUUUGAUGAUUAUUUUGUACCUCACUUUUAAUGCUGCAGCUGGUGAAAGUGGAGCUAAUUUAAACUACCUGAUAUGCCUAUAAUUUGAAUUACUGCUGGGGAACUUGUGCAUUUUACACCAAGGAUCAAUAAAUCUUGUGAUCAUACUGUAUUUUGUUUUAUUAACCUCUUUCUGAAAAGUAACUAAAGUUAGCAAAUAAGUGUAGUGAGUACAACAUAUACACUAUUUUUCUCUGAAAUGUAGUGAAGUCAAAGUAUCAAGUAGCAAUAAAGUGCCGAUACCUCAAAAAUUGUACUUAAUUAAAUGUACAUAGUACUUUCCACCACUAGUUUUAACAUUGUCAGCAGCGUAAACGGCUAAUUAAAAGAAUUGCAGGUCUGUCUUAGAGAGCAUUUCUGAAUAUAGCCACAUGCUUAUAUUUUAAAUGAGUGAGAUACUGAGUUUACUCAGCAAAGAAACAGAGCUUGGCAGAGCUUCACAGACCUUCAAUCACUCUGCUACACAUCAGUGUAAAAUUUAUCUCUAUUUGCAAUGAUUCUUUCACAGUUCCACUCUUUGGAAUAACUGAAAAAAGGGCUUGUACAUGGAUAUGAUUAUACUAUGACCAUAGCAUUAGCCUCCUCUGGUGGAAAUUUAACAUGGCAGCUUACUGGAGUAGAUGUCUUUCAAUGGAGGAUGAAAAUACUUUGACCUUUCUAGAAGGAAAAUGACAGAUGCCAUGUUUUUAUAAAGUGAGGUCACUUAAUGAAUAAUAGGAAAGCCGAGUAAAAACAUUUAUUUAUUUAUUGUAAAAGUCAAAGCAAUUAAGUGGUCAUCACCAUAAUUAUGAAGCAAAGAAAUUUGUUGCUAUGAUAUCUUCAUCAAGUCAAAUAUUUUCCCCUGUGUGGUAAUGCAACACUAUGAAUGAGGUUUCAUGUAUUAAAUGUAUUCUUUGCUGCAAUUGCAUUGGUUUUUAUCCAUAUGAUACAGCAGUGACCAGGAUCCCAGUG